CAGGCGCGGCGCCUCCCGCCCGACUCAACAGCCCGCGCGGCAGCCCCGCGGCGGCAGAGCGCGGAGCGCAGCAGAGCGCAGGCCGGAGAGUAGACGGGCAGCGCGUGGCGCGGCUGCCAUGGACGUGCAGUGAGCCGCAGCUCAGGACGACUUCCUCGGCGGCGCGGUGCGGAGCUCCUUGGCUGGCGGUGCAUUUCUUUGGUCACCAUGAAAGACGACUUCGCAGAGGAGGAGGAGGUGCAGUCCUUCGGUUACAAGAGGUUUGGUAUCCAGGAAGGAACACAAUGCACCAAAUGUAAAAAUAACUGGGCACUCAAGUUUUCUAUCAUAUUGUUGUACAUUUUGUGCGCCUUGCUAACAAUCACAGUGGCCAUUUUGGGAUAUAAAGUGGUAGAGAAAAUGGACAAUGUCACAGGAGGCAUGGAGACAUCUCGCCAGACCUAUGACGACAAGCUCACAGCAGUGGAAAGUGACCUGAAAAAAUUAGGGGACCAAACUGGGCAGAAAGCUAUCAGCACCAACUCUGAACUGUCCACCUUUAGAUCAGACAUUCUGGAUCUUCGUCAGCAGCUUCGAGAGAUUACAGAAAAAACCAGCAAGAACAAAGACACGCUAGAGAAGUUACAGGCAAGUGGGGAUGCGCUGGUAGACAGGCAGAGUCUACUGAAAGAAACUUUGGAGAAUAACUCUUUCCUCAUCACCACUGUAAACAAAACCCUCCAGGCAUAUAAUGGUUAUGUCACCAAUCUGCAGCAAGAUACCAGCGUGCUCCAGGGCAACCUGCAGAACCAAAUGUAUUCUCAUAAUGUGGUCAUCAUGAACCUCAACAACUUGAACCUGACCCAGGUGCAGCAGAGGAACCUCAUCACCAACCUGCAGCGCUCUGUGGAUGACACGAGCCAGGCCAUCCAGAGAAUCAAGAACGACUUCCAAAAUCUGCAGCAGGUUUUCCUGCAGGCCAAGAAAGACACUGAUUGGCUAAAGGAGAAAGUGCAGAGUUUGCAGACUCUGGCUGCUAACAACUCCGCCUUGGCCAAAGCCAAUAAUGACACCCUGGAGGAUAUGAACAGCCAGCUCAGCUCCUUCACAGGUCAGAUGGACAACAUCACGACCAUCUCCCAAGCCAAUGAGCAGAACCUGAAAGACCUUCAGGACUUACACAAGGACGCAGAGAACAGAACAUCCCUGAAGUUCAGCCAGAUGGAGGAACGCUUCCAGCUCUUUGAGACAGAUAUCGUGAAUAUCAUUAGCAACAUCAGCUACACAGCCCACCACCUGCGGACACUGACCAGCAACCUCAAUGAAGUUAGGACCACUUGCACGGAUACCCUGACCAAACACACGGAUGACCUGACCUCCUUGAAUAACACAUUGGCCAACAUUCGUUUGGAUUCUGUUUCUCUCAGGAUGCAGCAAGAUAUGAUGAGGUCGAGGUUAGACACGGAAGUGGCCAACUUAUCAGUGAUUAUGGAAGAAAUGAAGCUAGUGGACUCCAAGCAUGGGCAGCUGAUCAAGAAUUUCACAAUAUUACAAGGUCCUCCUGGCCCCAGGGGUCCGAAAGGCGACAGAGGAUCCCAGGGACCUCCAGGCCCAACAGGCAACAAAGGACAGAAAGGAGAAAAGGGAGAGCCUGGCCCACCAGGUCCUGCUGGGGAAAGAGGCCCUGUGGGGCCCGCCGGCCCCCCUGGAGAACGUGGCAGCAAGGGUUCCAAAGGCUCCCAGGGUCCCAAAGGCUCCCGUGGCUCCCCAGGGAAGCCUGGCCCCCAGGGUGCCAGUGGAGACCCAGGCCCUCCAGGCCCACCAGGCAAAGAUGGACUCCCAGGCCCCCAGGGGCCCCCUGGCUUCCAGGGCCUUCAGGGUACUGUGGGCGAACCUGGGGUGCCUGGACCCCGUGGGCUGCCAGGCUUGCCAGGAGUGCCAGGCAUGCCUGGCCCCAAGGGGCCUCCUGGUCCCCCAGGCCCGUCAGGGGCAGUGGCACCCCUGGCCCUGCAGAACGAACCAACUUCAACACCAGAGAUCAAUGGCUGUCCACCCCACUGGAAGAACUUCACAGACAAAUGCUACUAUUUUUCGGUAGAGAAGGAGAUUUUUGAGGAUGCAAAAGUUUUCUGUGAAGACAAGUCUUCACAUCUCAUUUUCAUCAACACAAGAGAGGAACAGCGAUGGAUAAAUAAGCAGAUAGUGGGAAGAGAUAGCCACUGGAUUGGUCUCACGGACUCAGAGCAUGAGAAUGAAUGGAAGUGGCUCGAUGGGACAAGUCCAGACUACACAAAUUGGAAAGCUGGGCAGCCAGACAACUGGGAUCGUGGUCAAGGGCCAGGAGAAGACUGUGCGGGGUUGAUUUAUGCUGGACAGUGGAAUGAUUUCCAGUGUGACGAUAUCAACAACUUCAUUUGCGAAAAAGACAGGGAAUCAGUACUGUCAUCCACAGUGUAAUGGACUCAGCUGUAACCAUGUGAGCAGACACUCAGAUGGCUCGCCAAGGCAAAGAACACUCGUUUCUGAUGACAUCACCUCCUCAUCACACUGGGAGGAAAAAAACACUGAAAACCAAUUCCUGGAAAAACAACGCUUGUUUUAUUGCCAUCCACCAUUACUCAAGAACUUAGGAAUUCGAAGUCACUCCUGGAUGAUACAUUGAUUUUCAGUGUGCAGAUGGACUGCAUCACAUAGAUUUUUCUUGGCUGAUAACCACAGCAUUAUGCCAAUUACAUCUUCCAAAGUAUAAAAUGCUCCAAUCAGAAAGAAAAACCACCAUUGGUUGAUGAGCUAUAGGAAGAAUUUAAAACAUACACUGUGUAAACAGUACCUUAACAUGUCUAAAACACAAAAUGUAGGAAAGAUGCAGAUAUGCAAAUAUAUAGGCCAACUUUUAGAAAUAUACUUAAAGAGCUUUUAAAACUUUGUAUUUUUGUACAAAAUAUUUACCUUUUACAAUUAUUUUUUUGCAUAAUUUUACCAACAUAAUACAUGGAGCCAAAGAAAACAAUAAUGGUACUAAUAAAAACUCACAGGGCUACUUGUCAGCUUUAAUUCUA